UGUUGUGGUCUGAUUUACUCAUCCAGAAAUAGCCUCCAAUUAAUAUCAUAACAGUCACCUCAACGGUCAACCGAGUUCGAAGUCUCAAAUUUUAGGUCUUCGUUCAAGACUGUCUUGACAUGAUUGCAGAGGUGUUACUAGUACUCGCAGGCCACUCUUCGUCGUUGUUCCCAACAGAUCACAAUCUACAUCCUGCUUUCAGACCAUUACUGCAUCCAGGCGAAGAGCAAUGUCUUGAAGCCCUCGGACACAUAGCUUCCAGAUACCGCAAUAUAAAGAAGGCGUGUGCGACCCUCUCCCGGUCCAAGUCGCGUUAUGUCUGCGCGCUCUGCGCGACGUUAAACCAGAUCCUAAAGGACGAGUACGAAAAACUUGUGGUUGAUACAGAAGCCAAGAUCUUGAAACGCGAUCCUGAUCUCGUUUCCAACAAGUCUUUCGUACCGCUUUCAGCUUUACGAGCGACUUUUGCAGAAUGGGACUCUCCCCUCACAGCGCUAGAGACCUUGAUGAAUCAACUACAAGCUCAGAAACACUGGCAACCCGGUCCCCUAAUUGACAUGUUACUCGCACGUUCAAAGACUGGUGUUUAUCGGAUUGCCGAUAUCAUAUCACGUCUUUCUGUCGCUGUCCAACGUGUCUGGCGGUGCCAGUUGUCUGCUUUCCUAGUUCACGGGUCCCUUGCUUCCUCCGAUCCCUUAGCAUCGGCAGAUUUCACGCUUUUAGAUGGCACUAUGCCCUCUUGCAUCUCUCCUCAAACAAAAGAAUCCAUCAUUUAUGUUGGUCGGGCCAUUGCGACCAUAAAAGCUAAGAAGUGGCAGAAUCAACUGCCGCGCGAGCAGGCGGUUGAAUAUGCUAAUCUGCUGGAGACCGUCUUACCCGAGGAUCAAUACAAAUUCGACCUCGUGAUCUCACAGAUCAGGAUAAAUGUCAGCGAAUGGCUAUGGCUCAACGUUCUAACGCGGAAUGACGUAGAAGACGCCGUUAUAUCAUUGGCAAGUUACUUCCUGCUGCGCAAUGGCGAAUUCAGCUUAGCGCUUAUCCGUGAGAUCGAGCGCUUGAAGAUAUCACGGCUCACGACACGAUCAGGAGUGGCGUCAGUGAUUCGAGAACAAGAUUUAAAUCUGGCGCUCCUCCGAGCGUCUCUUGGUACAACCGCUCAACAUGAUCCGUCGCUUCUACAUCUCCAUUUUGAGCUUCCUGCCGGGCCCCUCAGACACCUCCAGCCCUCAUUGGCAAAUUCCAAAACACUAUCUUCAUCUGUCGCUAGUAAUUCAUCCGAGGUCACAUCCUUUGAUGAUCUCCUUUUAGGCACAAAUCUCAUACUGUCGUACAAUGUCACCUGGCCUCUGGAUCUGUUUCUGCACCUUUCGGAUCUUCAGAUAUACGCAGCUCUUUUCAACUACCUCUCUUCUUUGCGCAAAACCCACACUCAAAUUCACACUUGCUGGACUUCGCUCUCCAACGCACAACGUGCGCGACGGCGGUGGACAGGCCUUGGCGAAGGUGGUACUGCUGAAGACCUCGAAGCGCGUAGAGAACUGUUACGCUGUGGGUGGGGUGUCGUAAGGGAUAUGGGAUGGUUCCUUGACACCCUUCUCGGUUAUGUCAUGGUCGACGUCGUAGACGUCGAGUUCAGAAGACUGAAGGAUCUCUUGGGAAACCCGAGCCGGGGACGUGCAGAAAGCGUGAGCAAGCACCUCAGUUCACAGAACAUUGCCGGCCAGGCCAAUGCAGAUCCCUCAACUUACCUUGAUUUUACCACGCUGCGAAAUAUCCAUACGACGUAUCUCGAGCGGCUGCUGACGGGGUGCUUGCUGUCUAAUCCUGCUCUUACUGCGAUCCUUCGGCCGAUUUUUGAGGUGUGCGAACGAUUUGUUGCGCAGGUCGAACGAUGGGGCGGAGACGUCCUACCUGCGUUGUUGUUUGAAGGGAGUUUGGCACCUGGUGGGGAUGAUAAAGUGGGUGCUAUGGUACAGGAACGGUUCCAAGUGGUGUCAGAGAUCAAUGAGAGCCUUCAUAAACUGUUUAAUUCGUUCUACGAGCAGCUAUCACUCUCGACUUCUCAGCAGCCCUUCAUGGCCACUGGCGAUGCCUCAAAGUCUAUCUUGAUGAACGCUAGCGUGGCAAAUGCAUCAACAUUACAGCGCACGUCCAUCCGAGGAAAGGGGUCCAAGGGUUUUGAGGGAGAAGGAGAAGUCCGCCGGCAUGUCGAAAGGCUGUUGCUUCGGUUGGACUUCAAUGGGGCAUUUUCGAAGCCCAGAGCUAGUGCCAGCGAACAAACCCAAUAUUGGGAAGGUGGUAUAAGUAUUUAAUAUUUGUAAUUGUUAAAAUUAUGCACUUCGAAUUCG